AAUGGGAGGAUAAAUACAAGGGCCAGCGGGCUGGGGGGUGUCGCAGACGAAGGCCGGAUCUUCUCCCUCCCUCUCUCUUCUCUCAGCUCUCCUCCUAAACUCAAAGAGUCAGGAUGCCUCACGCAUACCCCUUCCUCACUCCGGAGCAGAAGAAGGAGCUCAGUGAUAUUGCUCAUAGGAUUGUCGCUCCCGGCAAGGGAAUCCUCGCUGCAGACGAGUCCACUGGCAGUGUGGCUAAGCGAUUCCAGAGCAUCAAUGCUGAGAACACUGAGGAGAACAGGAGGCUGUACCGCCAGCUCCUCUUCACCGCUGAUGACCGCAUCAACCCUUGCAUUGGAGGCGUUAUCCUCUUCCAUGAGACCAUGUACCAGAAGACUGAUAGUGGCAAGGUCUUCCCGCAGUACCUCAAAGAAAGAGGCAUAGUGGUGGGCAUCAAGGUCGACAAAGGUGUUGUCCCCCUGGCCGGAACCAAUGGCGAGACAACCACCCAGGGUCUUGAUGGACUGUAUGAGCGCUGUGCCCAGUACAAGAAGGAUGGUGCUGAUUUUGCCAAGUGGCGCUCUGUGCUGAAGAUCACCCCAACCACUCCCUCAAAACUGGCCAUCAUGGAGAAUGCCAAUGUCCUGGCUCGCUAUGCCAGCAUCUGCCAGAUGCACGGCAUUGUCCCCAUCGUUGAGCCCGAGAUUCUCCCCGAUGGUGACCAUGACCUGAAGCGCUGCCAGUACAUUACUGAGAAGGUCCUUGCUGCUGUCUACAAGGCCUUGUCCGACCACCAUGUCUACCUGGAGGGCACCCUGCUCAAACCCAACAUGGUUACCGCCGGACACUCCUGCUCACACAAGUACAGCAACCAGGAGAUUGCCAUGGCAACUGUUACCGCCCUGCGCCGCACUGUGCCCCCUGCAGUCCCUGGCAUUACCUUCCUGUCUGGUGGCCAGAGUGAGGAGGAAGCCUCUAUCAACCUGAACGCCAUGAACCAGUGCCCCCUGCACAGGCCAUGGGCCCUAACCUUCUCAUACGGCCGUGCCCUGCAGGCCUCUGCCCUCAAGGCCUGGGCUGGCAAGAAGGAGCAUGGAAAGGCAUGCCAGGAGGAGUUCAUUAAGAGAGCUCUGGCUAAUAGCAAGGCCUGCGUGGGUAAAUAUGUUUCCUCGGGAUCCAGCGCUGCCGGUGGACAGUCACUGUUUGUGGCUGACCACGCUUAUUAAGCAUGGACACUCAACGUUUCCCGUUCAACCUUCUUCCCACCAUUAUUAUGUUACCACAGAAAAGGCCACGUCUUCUUAGUCACUGCCUCUUAAACUGUCUCUACUACUGAAGAAUAACACUUUUACUGCAUAAGAUGGAAAAAAAACUUUUCUUUGGGGUUGUUGCUGUAGCUAGGAGAUUCUGAAAGAAAUGUUCUGCUUCCAUUCCCUUACCUUUUAUUUUUAAACACCUUUUUUCAGGUGAAGAUUAUCACACUGUUUUUACACAACUUGUACUAAUCUUUCCUUGGUCUGAUUACAUCAACAAUUUAUACUGUUACCAUGGAAUAAAGCAUUUACCCUAA